CAUUUACGCACUGUGCAAGAAAUAAUAAUAAUAGUAGUAAAAAAACUAAUUAUGAGAAAAAACUAGAAGAUGCUAGAGAACGGUCAAUUCGCUGAUUCGGUCUUUAGAGAACAAAACUUUGAUUUUACGCAGUAACGUAUGGGCUGUCAGUUGCUGCGAGCUGGGGGGAGGUAAACAAGAUGGCGACAACCUGAGAGGCAAGAGUAAAACGAAGAGUCAGAAAAAAAUUACUCAUAUCCUGCAGGACCUAUUUUGAAGAUUUGUUUACCGUGGACCUCGACCUGAAUAGGAAUUUAAGGCUGAAGGGAAACGAGAUUAACGCAGACACAGGCACCGACUGUAGGAAUCGUGGUGGUAUGGAGGACACCUGAGCACGGCCCAACACAGCGGCUGGCUCAGUCCACUGCUCCCCUGGAGCUGGGCUGACUCCACAGUUUGCACUAAUACUGCUGCAUUUGUUUGGCUUGGGAUCUGUGCUUGGAUUUGGUCCAGUUCUUCACACUCUGUGUUCCGAGGAAAACUAUGCUGUACAGCAUGGAACUUCAACAAAAGUGCUGUGCUGCACAGCCUUAAAGGAAGACAUCCACCUAAGGCAGAAGUGAUAUAGAGGUAAUCUGCAGGAGAGAAGACUUUAGAAUUAAUUCUUUCCACCAUGCUCAAUAGAAAACAGUGACUGUAGACUUUAAUGUUCCCCAAUCCCCAAUGCUCAGCCCUAAUGUUUACAAAUUAAUCCCAGUGUCCUUCCUUAACCCUCAGACAUGAUUUUGCCUAUUGUAUUCAUUAUUCUCUAAGUUGGCCCUAUUCCAUAUUUUGGAAUCAAACUAUACAGAGGGAGGUUGCCAGGAGGUUUCUCUCUGUUACAUCGGCAGCUGUAGCUAUUUGCAGACCUUUUCGCACAGAGGAAUAAUCUGUGGCUGCUGAACUUUCAGUCAUGAGUACCGGGGAGCUGCAUCACUUGGACUAUGAAAAUGAACUGAUGGAAAUGGAUACUUUUAUUCACCGCAUUGACUCUACAGAAGUGAUCUAUCAGCCCCGGAGGAAGAGAGCAAAGCUGAUAGGAAAGUAUUUAAUGGGGGAUCUGCUGGGAGAGGGCUCCUAUGGCAAAGUAAAAGAGAUGCUGGACUCAGAGACACUUUGUCGCAGGGCUGUCAAGAUACUGAAGAAGAAAAAGCUGAGGAGGAUUCCUAAUGGAGAGGCCAAUGUAAAAAAAGAGAUUCAGCUGCUAAGAAGACUCCAGCACAAAAAUGUGAUUCAGCUGGUGGACGUCCUGUACAAUGAGGAGAAGCAGAAAAUGUAUAUGGUGAUGGAGUAUUGCGUUUGUGGGAUGCAGGAAAUGUUGGACAGCGUCCCAGAGAAAAGAUUUCCAGUAUUUCAAGCUCACGGGUACUUUUGCCAGCUCUUAGAUGGCCUUGAAUAUUUGCACAGCCAGGGAAUAGUUCACAAAGACAUUAAACCAGGAAAUCUGCUGCUGACUACAGAUGGGGCCCUUAAAAUCUCUGACCUGGGAGUAGCAGAGGCCCUUCAUCCGUUUGCAGAGGACGACACAUGUCGCACCAGUCAGGGCUCUCCUGCCUUCCAGCCCCCAGAGAUUGCUAAUGGACUGGACACCUUUUCAGGGUUUAAAGUAGACAUUUGGUCUGCAGGUGUAACACUAUACAACAUCACAACAAGUCUGUAUCCAUUCGAGGGCGACAACAUCUACAAACUAUUUGAAAACAUUGGAAAAGGAGACUACACUAUUCCUGAGGAGUGUGGACCGCUCCUCUCAGACCUGCUCCGAGGAAUGCUCGAGUACGACCCAGUGAAGAGGUUUUCCAUACAGAACAUAAGGCAACACAACUGGGUGCGUAAGAAACACCCCCCAUCUGAGCCCCCUGUGCCCUUCCCUGCCAGCGCGGAGAGCAGGGACCCUUGGCGGAGCAUGACUGUGGUGCCCUACUUAGAGGACCUACAUGGCUACACGGAGGAGGAUGAUGACGAACUCUACGAUGGAGAGGAUGAAAUCAUCUACACUCAGGACUUCACAAUGCCAGGACAAGUGACCGAGGAUCACCAGGAUCAGGGGAUCGCCGAUCACAGUCCUUCCGUAGCAAAGCCAGUCUGUGUGAAUGGAACAGAGAGCAGCGCUCUGAACAGCAAGGCCAAAGCCGAGCGCCGGUCCUCCUCCUCGUCCAACCCGUCACGCAAAGGAGUCUCUGCAGCCAGCAAGAUCCGUAAGCUCUCCACGUGCAAACAGCAAUGACCUCCUCUGCUGUGUCCUCAUCAUCAACACACCUGGUUUACUUGUCCCUGUCCUGUGUCUGGACUGCUCACUGUUGUGAGAGGAAACCUGCUGACGUUAUUACUCCUGUACCUCCUUGGACCACUGGUCUGCCAAGUCUUUUGGAGAACUGUUCUAGGUGACGGAGGAGAAGGACGGAGAGAAAUGUUCUUUUAUGGCACUGGCUGUGAAUUGGUGUUUUUUUUUUUUU